AUGGCGCUCAUUCAAACGAAAGUCGAAUUGCUUCAAGCAGAAGUCGAUGAAAAUGAUCAGAGUUUCUUUCGUCUCCUGCUCAAUGAUCGAAAUAUAAAAUACGUCACUAUAAACCCUGGCCUUUACAAUGCGGACGAUAUGUGCUUCGGCCCCUCGCUAGUUUCACUUCUACCCACUCUACCCGAUGGAGAUUGGAAUGAUGGACUGGUGACCGAAAAUGAAGCGACUGGCCAACCUCAUUUUGCCCAUGCCAUUCGGACCGCUUUCCCUGGCGUUAAGAACACCUGGAAUGGAACUUUUGUGGAUUAUAUGGAGAUCCUGGUAGGAGAAAAGUUGCGAACGGGCAUUUAUGAAGUCAAAUGCCCCUUGUUCGAUGACGUGGUUGUGGCUAAAUUCGCUCGCUUCGAAUGGGAGAUCCCAUAUCUAGAGAGUGAGACCACGGCUUAUCAAUGGAUCGAGGGCAAUGAUAUCGGUCCCCGGUUCCUUGGCCAUCUAACGGAAGAUGGCCGUGUGAUCGGAUUCUUGAUGGAACGCAUCAAGAAUGCCCGGCAUGCUGGCCCUCAGGACCUGGAGCCUUGCCGGAAGACAUUGUCUCGAUUACAUCACUUGGGGAUCCAACACGGAGAUACAAACCGGUUCAACUUUCUCAUUCGUGAUUCAACGGCUGUUUUGAUCGAUUUUGACUCGGCACGAAAGUGUAGCGACCAAAAAGCGCUUCUGAAAGAGCUUGAACAUUUACCGAAAUCACUAGAAGAUUCAUCACGUCGAGGUGGGGGAGGGCAUCUUUGA